AUGGACUCCAAGGUAAACCAGCGAGCCGCAGCGGACCUAAAUCCUCCAGGCGUUCCCAGCUCCUUUCGACGUGCAAAGAACCAGCAGAACAUUGCUUGCGUCUUGCUCCGUCGUGAGUUUGGUGGCGCUAGACGACAGAAAACGGUGCGAGCGGUGGGAGAAGACCGCGAAGAAAACUUCUGGGCUGAAGGUGAAAGCGCUUUCAAGCAUCAAAGUCGGUACUUUGAGCUACCACAGACGACUAAGUCGACGAUUUCUAUCGCGAUUAGUCCGGACGGGAAAACGUUCGCUUCGACUCAUGGAGAUCACACAGUGAAGAUCAUAUGCAUUGAGACGGGUAAAGUUGUUCAGACGCUGGUGGGCCACCCGCGGACCCCGUGGAGCGUCAAGUUCCACCCCACCGACCCACGCUACGUGGCGUCGGGUUGUCUGGGAUUCCAAGUCCGGUUCUGGGACAUUGAAACAGGUCGCUGCCUGUAUGUUUCUACGCUUCGUCAUGCCAUCAUUUCGAUUUCCUUCCACCCAUCAGGCGACAUUCUAGCAAUUGCAAGCGGAACAUGCGUGUACACGUGGGAUUACCAGCAUACUUGCCCGCGUAUUGCAAUGUUUAGCUACCAGACAUUACGCUCCGUUACGUUUCUGCCGGAUCCGUCCAACAUCAUGGUUGGAGAAGCUAACGAGCGCUAUGUGAGACCCCAAGGCCAAGCCCCACCUUCUGAUCUUACUGUCACACUGACUAUGUGGGACUUUGAUCCUUCAUGGGCAUUAUCGCCAGAGCCUCUACUGACGAAAAAGGCGAUGAAUAACAGCCGCGUGAUUCUUUCGCACGCUCUCAUCUACAAUGACGGUGGCUUUGAUAUUUCACGUUGCGGUCGGUACUUGGCAAUUUGUGCUGAUUUUUCACUGCGACAAGCUGAAAAAGAGGUGGAGAUGGAAGCAGAAAAUGAAGCUGCGACAGAUUUGGAAACGAUACUUUCUUCUGUACCGGCGACGAAUGAGUCGGCUGGUGGUGUGACAAGCCCCAGUGAGGACGUUAGCGAUGUUUCUGUAGCAAACCCGCAAGCUACCGCUUUCAGUGAAAGCAGCUCCUCUUCCGGUGCGGCAUCACGCGCGACCCGCGAAAGUGCAAUUUCUGUGCAGGCACUGCCAGUGACAAUGCCGUUGUCUCUUCCAAUUCGUUCACCACCACCUCGACUUGUGCCCAUUUCUGGCAUGCACGCUGGUGCCCCAAAUAUGCUGGCGGCGUUGCAGUCAGCAGCUGCAGACUUAUCUCUUACAAUGGAUCAAUAUAUGAAUCAGCAAAUUCGACGAGUACGACCUCGGCUGCACCCGCCACAUGGUAUUCAGCGCUACACUGCGGCACUUGAACCAACACGGAGUAGCACAGCUCCUGCAGCCGUUCCCCAACAGCGAUAUUCGCAAAUUCGACCAAAUAUCGCGCUAAGUCGGACACGAUUUACUAGGAACCAGCGCAAUCGUCGAGGGCGAUUAUCAUCAGAGAACCAGUCAACGUGGCUAGCAUUGAUCUCUCUCGAUCCCGAAGAGCUUGGCCGUGUCAUUCAGACAUGUCAUUUGGCUGAGACGGCGGCGGGUGGUGUUACUUCUGUGAAAAUCUCGCCAACAUCAGCUUAUGUAUUGCUCGGUUAUGGUGUCCGAGAUCGUAUACAGCGUGAGACAGAGUUUCCAGUCCACCGCGUGACACGGAUAUAUCGGUGGGAGGAUAUGGCACUGCUGUCGCACGUGGAGAGUGCGAUGGAUGAUGUAAAUAUAGCACUUUUCAGUCCAAUAUGCGGUGGCGGCUUCCUGUACGGAACCAAGCAGGGCAAACUCCGAGUCUGUAAUACGUUUAGAGGCGACUUUCACGACGAAGAGAAUUGCAAUGUACUAGAUGGUCCACGUCGCUGUCAUUAUGAUCAAAAUGUUAAUGGCGACGACGAUGACGAAGACGCUGAUCUGGGCGAAGAAGGCGAUGAAGAGGAUGAUGAUGACGAAGAAGAGGAGGAUGGAGAAGAUGAUAUGGAAGGCGACGGAGAAGAUGAGGAGGGCGGAGAUGAGGAUGCUGAUAUGGGUGAUUAA